AUGCACGUCUUCGUUAGCCCAAUCAGUGAAAGUAAAUCAGCUCCGAUUAAAAACCCACACCUGGGGCAGAGCAAGGCAUUCAUAUAUAAAGCUAACAGAUCACCCGAAAAUUAUCAAAACCCAUUCAACAACCAAAGAAACAUGGCUUUCAAAUUCGUUGUAUUCGCCGCUUUGGCAGCAGUAGCCAGCGCUGGAGUCCUCCCAGUAUCUUACUCCUCAGCCCCGUCUGUGUCCUACUCCAGCGUCUCAUCCCCAUUGGUGGCUCCCCAGUUGUCUCAUGGUGCCCAACUCUCAUACGCCGCCCCAGCCCUCAAAAUUGCCGCCCCAGCCGUCAGAGUAGCUGCCCCUGUCCACUACGCUGCCCCAGUAUCCCACGCUGUCUUGGCCGAGCACUCUGCGCCUGCGCAGUACGACUUCGGAUACGCCAUCAAUGACCCUCACACCGGAGACAACCACAACCAGCAGGAAUCCCGCCGUGGGGAUGCCGUUCAAGGAAGCUACUCCCUCAUCGAAGCUGACGGCAGCAGGCGUACCGUAGAGUACACUGCUGAUGACCACAGCGGCUUCAACGCUGUUGUUCACAACGAGCCAGCAGCUGUUCACGUCAAAGCUGUAGCACCUGUUGCUCACGCCGUCGUUGCUCCGGUUUCUCACGGAUAUGCUGCUCCUCUCUCUCACGGAUAUGCUGCUCCUCUCUCUCACGGAUAUGCUGCCCCUCUUAGCCACGGAUAUGCUGCCCCAGCUUACUACCACUAA